ACGCUACGGCAAGAGAGAGAGAGAGAGAGACAGAGAGAGAGGGGAUAACGCCAAAGCACGGACGGAGGAGGUGUUUUCAAUGGAGCUGUUUGUAGCAGGGCUGUAUUUCCUAGGAAUAAAUAAAUUCAUGUCCCACCGAGGAUCAGUUCAUCUCUAGCUGGAAUUUAAAGGGGACAAAAACUAAAGUAGCCUGCUAAGCCUUCUCGCAGAGGAGGGGCGUACGCGCUUUUGUAGCAUUGCAGAUCCCGGACUGGUGCAUAUUCUUUCUCUCUCUCUCUGUGUGUGUGUGUGUGUGUGUGUUAGUACAUGACGGAUGAGCGCACACAUAUAUACACACAUGUAUAUCGAGAACUGAAAAGGUCGCUUUUUUGUUGCAAGCGCUGUCCUUUAAAAAGGAUCCGGAGGAUUGUAAAUAGAAAGGGAAAGAAGACACUCGGGUCUUUGGAGACGUCAGAUCUACCGGUCAGAUCAGACUAGCAGAUCCUGGUUCAUGUGUCCAGAUGACGGGAAAAUGAUAUUAUGUGUCGCAACCUCGUGCUACCUCAAGAUGUGUGUGCGCGCGCGCGUGUGUCUGCAUGUGUGUGUGUCGGAUCAUGACUAAACUGUUUCAGCUAUGCAGCACUUCAGCUCUUAAAUGCUGAGGUCACUCGGAGGUGCCUCUCGUGUCGUCCAGUCGAGGUUGGAAAUUGGAUAUUGAAGCAAAAACCCAUCAUCAUCAUCAUCAGCAGCAGCAGCUGUGCAUCAUGUCGGCAGAGGUGCGUUUAAAGAAGCUGGAGGAGCUGCUGCUGGACGGAGCGGCUCGCUCGGGGGGUCAGUGUCUCAGUGUGGAGACGCUGCUCGAUGUCCUCGUCUGUCUGUACGACGAGUGCAGCAACUCUCCACUCAGACGAGAGAAAAACAUCUUGGAAUUUCUUGACUGGGCCAAACCCUUCACUUCCAAUGUGAAGCAGAUGCGCCUGCACAAGGAAGACUUUGAGAUCCUGAAGGUGAUUGGUCGAGGAGCAUUUGGAGAGGUAGCUGUUGUGAAGGUGAAGAACGCAGACAAAGUGUUUGCCAUGAAGAUCCUAAACAAGUGGAAGAUGUUGAAGAGGGCUGAGACGGCGUGUUUCCGGGAGGAGCGGGACGUCCUGGUGAACGGGGACAGCCAGUGGAUCACCACUUUACAUUACGCUUUCCAGGAUGAGAACAACUUGUAUUUGGUGAUGGACUACUAUGUUGGCGGUGAUCUGCUGACUUUGCUGAGCAAGUUCGAGGACCGCUUGCCUGAAGACAUGGCUAAAUUUUACCUGGCAGAGAUGGUUCUGGCGAUCGACUCUGUGCACCAGCUGCACUACAUCCACAGGGACAUCAAGCCUGACAACAUCUUGUUGGACAUGAACGGCCACAUUCGCUUGGCAGACUUUGGCUCCUGUCUCAGACUUAAGGAGGACGGAACAGUGCAAUCCUCGAUCGCAGUAGGAACGCCGGACUACAUCUCUCCUGAGAUCCUGCAGGCCAUGGAAGACGGGAAAGGAAAGUAUGGGCCAGAGUGUGACUGGUGGUCUCUGGGAGUGUGUAUGUACGAGAUGCUUUAUGGGGAGACGCCCUUCUACGCUGAGUCACUAGUGGAGACAUAUGGCAAAAUCAUGAACCAUAAGGAGAGGUUUCAGUUCCCCCUGCAGAUGUCUGAUGUAUCUGAAGAGGCCAAAGACUUAAUGCGCAGGCUGAUCUGCUCUCGUGAGCACCGGCUAGGCCAGAACGGCAUCGAGGACUUCAAGAGCCACCCCUUCUUCUCAGGCAUCAACUGGGACGACAUCCGCACUUGCGAGGCCCCGUACAUCCCUGAAGUCAGCAGCCCCACAGACACCUCCAACUUUGAUGUGGAAGACGACUGCCUAAAAAAUUCAGAAACGAUGCCUCCACCUUCCCACGCAGCCUUCUCCGGACUCCAUCUCCCGUUUAUCGGCUUCACCUACACUAGCAAAUGUUCUCUCUCAGACCGGGGCUGUUUGAAAGAUUCUGGAGGAUCUUUAGGGGUGGAUUCCUGUCUACAGAGAACUUUAGAGGACAGCUUGGCCUCUGAAGCCUAUGAAAGAAGGAUCCGCCGACUGGAGCAGGAGAAAACUGAGCUCAGCCGCAAGCUCCAGGAGGCCACUCAGACGGUGCAGGCUCUGCAGCACACUAAUUCAACUGUGCCACCUGGCGCCAACAAAGAGGUGGAGAUAAGGAGCCUGAAGAGUGAGAUAGACAUCUUGAAAAAGCAGAUAGCAGAUUCAGGUCAUCUGGAGCUGCAGCAGUUUGAGGAGGCCAGUGUGGCACGGAAGGACCAAGAUGACUCGUCUAAGAUAAUGAAGACCCUGGAAAGGCAGCUUCAGUCUGUUACACUGGAGAAAGACAACCUGAACAAGGAGCUGCUAGACACCAAGGAGAAGCUCAAAGCCCAGGGAAAGGAGCUAAAGGAGGCACACAGUCAAAGGAAGAUGGCCAUGCAGGAGUUCUCUGAGCUGAAUGAGCGCCUCACUGAGCUGCGCUCACACAAGCAACGGCUCGCACGCCAACUUCGGGACAAGGAGGAAGAGGUGGAAGGUCUUUCACAGAAGAUGGAAACGCUGAGGCUGGAUAUACGUAAAGCUGAGCGAACUCGCAAAGAGUUGGAGGUGCAGGCUGAGGAGCAGGCAGCUGAGAUGCAGAAAGAGAGGAAACUGCGAGAGAGAAAUGAACAGUUCAGCAGACAGCUCGAGGAGGAACUGGAGGGGUUCAAGGCUGGACCUCUGCACCCAGGAGCGAGUGCGGAGCAGCAGCAGCAGGAAGUGGCGUGGCUGCGAGCGGAGCUGGAAAAGAAGAGCGUGCAGCUUGAAGAGGAGCUGUGUCGCAGAGAAACGCAAUACAGCACUGAGCUGAAGAGCCACAGGAAAGAGCUGAAUGAUGCUGAAGCUCAGCAGCUCACUCUGCAGAAGGAGAUCCUAAUGCUCAAAGACAAGCUGGAGAAGACACGGCGAGAAAACCAAAGUGAGCGUGAGGAGUUCGAGGCAGAGUGCAAACAGAAGUAUGAGCGGGAAAGGGGACUUCUGGUGGAGGACAACAAGAAGCUUACUGGUGAGCUGGAGCAGCUGAAGACCGUGCACGGGGCACUGAGCGGUAGCCACAAGCAGCUAGAGGAGGAGGUGAGAGAACUGGCUGAUAAGAAGGAGAGCGUUGCACACUGGGAGGCUCAGAUCACAGAGAUCAUCCAGUGGGUAAGUGAUGAGAAGGAUGCUCGAGGCUACCUUCAAGCACUGGCCACUAAGAUGACCGAGGAGCUGGAAGGUCUGAGGAACGCGAGCCUCGGGGCCAGAGGCACAGACAUGCCGUGGAAGAUGCGCCGUUUAGCCAAGCUGGACAUGUCGGCUCGUUUGGAGCUUCAGUCUGCACUGGACACUGAGAUCCGUGCCAAGCAGACCAUCCAAGAUGAGCUCAACAAAGUCAAGGCCUCCAACAUCUCGACGGAGUGUAAGCUGCAGGAGUCUGAGAACAAGAACCGGAUGCUGCAGGCUGAGAUUGAGAGGUUACAGAAGGAGACGGAGGAUCUGCGUCGCAGAAGAGGUGUUAAGCAUCAGGAUUCUCAGAACUCCUUCCUGGCUUUCCUGAACGCUCCCUCUUCUGUGCUAGAUCACUUUGAGCGCUCACCAUCAUGGGGUCCAGGAAGCAAAGGCCGACGUAUCGACUCAGGUGACUUUACUCCCUAUAACACUCCAUCACGGGAUGAAGAUUCCAAAUCACGUCGCAUGUCCCGUUCACGCUCUCCAUCCACUGCUAGUGACAUGGAGCCGAUCGAGCUGGUGGAUCACUCGUCACGUCUUCACACCCCGACUAGCAGAUCCAGCUACAGCAGCCAAGAACACGGCUGUAAUAAACCCAAGCCGCAUCAGUUUGCAGUGAAAUCCUUCAGCGUCCCCACCAAGUGUAAUUACUGCACCUCGCUGAUGGUCGGCCUCAUGCGGCAGGGCUGCACAUGCGAAGUGUGUAAUUUCUCCUGUCACGUAAAUUGUGCUGAUAAGGUUCCUUCUGUAUGCCCCAUCCCUUCUGACCAGACCAAAGGACCGCUGGGUAUCGACCCGCUGCGAGGCAUUGGCACAGCCUACGAGGGCUAUGUGCGGGUGCCCAAGCCCACAGGGGUGAAGAAGGGCUGGCAGCGGGCACUGGCUGUAGUGUGUGACUUUAAGCUGUUUCUGUAUGAGCUCGGUGAAGCCAAAACUACUCAGCCCAGUGUGAUAGUGAGCCAGGUCAUAGACAUGAGGGAUGAAGAGUUUUCGGUCAGCUCCGUCUUGGCCUCGGAUGUCAUUCACGCCAACAGGAAGGACGUCCCCUGUAUAUUCCGGGUAACGGCGUCUUAUCUGUCCUCCUUGUGCCAGAAGACGUCCAUCUUGAUUCUAGCUGAUAGCGAUCAUGAGCGCACCAAGUGGGUCAGUCUGCUGCUUGAGCUGCACCGCAUUCUGAAGAAGAACAAGCUGAAGGAUCGCUCUGUCUACGUUCCCAAAGAAGCUUACGACUGCACGCUGCCUCUAAUCAAAUCUACCCAGACUGCUGCUAUUAUAGACCAUGAGCGUGUGGCUCUAGGUAACGAGGAAGGCCUUUACGUGGUCCAUGUCACCAAAGAUGAGAUCAUCCGAGUGGGCGACAAUAAGAAAGUGCACCAUGUGGAGCUGAUACCCUCAGAGCAGCUGCUGGCUGUGAUCUCAGGCAGGAACCGUCACGUGCGUCUCUUGCCCAUGGUCGGUCUUGACGGACGCGACACCGACUCUUUCAAGCUGCUCGAGACUAAAGGGUGUCAGCUGCUGACUUCAGGAAAAUCUCGCCAUGGAUCCCACAUGUGCCUGUGUGUGGCCAUGAAGCGUCAGGUCAUCUGCUGCGAGCUCAACAAGAGCAAAGCACGGCACCAGCGCCUUCGAGAGAUUCAGGUGCCAGGCGUGGUGCAGUGGAUGAUGUUUUUGAGCGAAUAUCUUGUAGUGGGCUUUCAGGGCGGCUUCAUGCGCUACAGCCUGCACUCGGACACUCCUCCUGUUAGCCUCCUGCACCCUGACGAUCACACGCUGGCCUUCAUCACGCAGCAGGGCAUGGACGCAAUGUGCGCCGUGGAAAUCACCAGCAAGGAGCUGCUGCUGUGCUUCAGCUGUGUGGGCGUCUGUGUGGACCUCCAUGGCCGACGCUCACGUCAGAUGGAGCUGAUGUGGCCUGCUGUCCCCACCUCCUGCUGCUACAGCGCCCCCUACCUCUCAGUGUACAGCGAGAACGCAGUGGACGUGUUUGACGUCAACACCAUGGAAUGGAUUCAGACCAUUCCACUAAAAAAGAUGCGGCCUCUGAACACGGACGGCUCUCUGAAUCUCCUCGGCUCAGAAACAGUGAGGCUCAUCUACUUCAGAAACAAGACAGCAGAGGGAGACGAGUUGGUGGUGCCAGAGGUGUCAGAUAACAGCCGCAAGCAGAUGGUGCGCAGUAUGAACAACAAGAGGCGCUUCUCAUUCCGCAUACCUGAGGAGGAGAGACUACAACAAAGGAGAGAGAUGCUGAGGGACCCUGAGAAGAGAAGCAAGCUGAUCUCCAACCCCACUAACUUCAACCAUGUGGCUCACAUGGGACCUGGAGAUGGCAUGCAGAUUCUUAAGGACUUACCGAUGAACGUGCGUGCUCAGGAGAGCCGGUCUGGCUUCAGUGGUUCAGUCAGUAUCCCGUCCUUAGCAAAGAAUCGGAGUGAACCCGGUCGCUCCAUGAGCGCCAGCAGUGGCCUGGGUAUACGUUCCUCUUCUCAGAAUGGCAGUGCCCUGAGGAGGGAGCUCUCGAGCAGUAGCUACAGCUCCAAGCGGCAAACCAUGACAUCUCCGUCUGAGAGCUCUCUGUCCUCAGGCGGAGGAAUGGAUGUAGGAGACGCAACGCUUUCUCAGUUUGACCGGGAGUGGCAGGCUGUCUCGCCCUCGGAGAAGACGCCCGAUCUGAAACGGGCGCUAAGGACCCUGCUUAGUAAGAUGAAGGACUCAGACUCGCCGCGCCACUCCACUGCCUCCAACAGCUCGACCUUCAGCAGCCCGCCCAGUCCUGCAUCACCGCACAAGACCAAGUCUCUCUCUUUGGAGAGCACAGACCGUGUGGGCUGGGACACAUGAUGGACACAUCACAGGACUAAUGGCGGCAUGUCCUGGCCCUGCGGCCCCCCGCCCAUAUAAAUAAAACGCAAGCAUAACUGGAUCCUCUCUCCUUAUUUAUCUGGCUUCUUAAGAGAGGAAAAUGUAUGGGACCUGUGUGUGUGUGUGUGUGU